AUGAUCAGAAAUGGAGAUGAGUCAGGAGAUUUAUCAAAAUGCAGGAGUAAUGCAGACAAUAGAGCUGGUUUCAGUGACAGUGAUAACUCACAUGAAGAUGUUUAUGUUAAUGAGGAUGAUUUGGAGACCAACAAGACCAGAAGCUUCAAACAAUCUGACAGUUCAGGACUCAAAACUGCAGGAGGCAGAUGUUACAGAGUGACUGCAGUGUGUGUUGUGCUGCUGUGUGUUCUGCUGCUAACUGCCGUCAUAGUGCUGUGGAUCAAAUUCAGCAAUGUCUCUAUAGAAAAAGACCAGUUACAGACCAGUUACAACAACCUGACUGUAGAGAGAGACCAGUUACAGACCAGUUACAACACCUUGACUGUUAAGGAAAAACAGUUACAGACCAGUUACAAUAACCUGACUGUAAAGAGAGACCAGUUACUGACUAGAUACAACAUCCUGACUGAAGAGAGAAACCAGUGUCCAUUUAAUAUAUCAGCUGAAGGGCUUGUUAGACAAGGAUGGAGCGUGUCUGAGACUUCAAGUCUUUACAACGUCUCUACUCAGAGGAAGACCUGGACUGAGAGCAGACAGGACUGCAUAGAGAGAGGAGCAGACCUGGUGAUCAUAAACAGCAAAGAGGAACAGGAUUUCAUUACUAAACUGAUGGGUAACAAUAAUCAGGCUUGGAUUGGUCUGAGUGACAGAGACACAGAGGGAAAGUGGAAAUGGGUGGAUGGGACAGAGCAGACCAGCAGCACUGGGUUCUGGUAUAAAGGGGAACCGAAUGAUGAAAAGAAUAAUGAGGACUGUGGUGAGCUGUGGAAGUUUCCAGAUAAGAUGGCCUGGAAUGACAGACCAUGUACUGAUAAAUCCAAGUGGAUCUUAUCAUCACAGAUCAAAUUCAGCAACGUCUCUAUUGAAAAGGACCAGCUACAGAGCAGUUAUAACAACCUGACUGUAGAGAAAGACCAGUUACAGACCAGUUACAACACCAUGACUGUAGAGAAAGGCCAGUUACAGACCAGAUACAACACCCUGAUUGAAGAGAAAGACCAGUUACAGACCAGAUACAACACCAUGACUGUAGAGAAAGGCCAGUUACAGACCAGAUACAACACCCUGAUUGAAGAGAAAGACCAGUUACAGACCAGAUACAACACCAUGACUGAAGAGAGAAACCAGUGCCCGUUUGAUGUAUCUGAUAUUAAAGGGCUUGUUAAACAAGGAUGGAGCAUCUUUGAAAGGAUGGGGCUUUACUACAUCUCUACUCAGAAGAAGAGCUGGACUGAGAGCAGACAGGACUGCAGAGAGAGAGGAGCAGACCUGGUGAUCAUAAACAGCAAAGAAGAACAGGAGUUCAUUAUAAGACUGAUGGGUAAUAUAAAACGGGCUUGGAUUGGUCUGAGUGACAGAGACUCAGAGGGAACGUGGAAAUGGGUGGAUGGGACAGAGCAGACCAUCAGCACUGGGUUCUGGUAUAAAGGGGAACCGAAUGAUGAAAAUAAUAAUGAGGACUGUGGUGAGAUGUGUACGUUUCCAGAUAAAAUGGCUUGGAAUGACAGACCAUGUUCUCAGCAAUCAAAUUGGAUCUGUAAGAAAAAUAUGUUUAAAAAGUGGUAAUUUCAGAAUUGACCCUAAUUGUUUUCAAAUGUAUGAAAUAAGCAGUUUGAUCUUUUGUUACAGUCAUUUGUGAAGUAACCUGCUCACAAAAAAACCUACCACAUGUAAAUUCACACUUUUCAUAUUUCAUAUAACUGAUAUCACUUUCAGGUAGAAUAAAAUGUGCUGACUAUACUGGUCCACAUCGAGAAACCUUAGUGACCAGAAUUGGGUCACUAAUAAAGGAAAAGUACAUUGUGAGUGUUAGUUGGAUCUAGUCUAUAAGAAAAUGUUUCGGGUCAAAAUUUUAUCAAAAUAAUUCUAAAUUAGAAAGGGGGUGUGGGCUUAUGCUCCAUAACUUUUUUGCAAAAUGUGAUAUAACAAUGAGAAUGGUGCCACAUAAAUCACAAAUGUAUCUUUUAUUUAUACUGUUAACAUAACUUUCCAUUCAUUUAUUCUUUUUCUUUUUCUAUGUAACAUUUUCAUGGUUAAAUUAAUUGUGGGUGGGUUGGUCUUAUUGCUGUGUAGUUUCCCAGACUAUUAAGAUACAACCUUAAAAUAAUACAGUUUUGAAGCUUAGAAAUAUAAUAUGAAUAUCAGAUUAUUACAGAAUACAAACUCUAACAUCAGAUGUGUGUUUCUCCACACCAUUGGGCUUGCGAAAGGCAUAGAAUUUUUUUUUUCACAUUUAGCCAAUGAUACAGAUAAGUUGCACAUGUAAUGCAACAAUAAUCAGUCUCCUGAUCCACUAUUUUGCAUCCAAAAUAUAGGUGGUAUGCCUUUUUUUUACCACUGCCAUCAUACUGCACUUUUGAGAUGCAAAUGUAUUUUGGUUUCUGAAGAAAAAUAUCACAUGACUGUUCAUCAGAAAUGUUAGGCAAUGACAAUUUCACAAACCACCAAAUGUAACUGUAUAGAUCUGGCAAAGACCAAUGUACUCUGCAUUAGAAAAAAAUAAAACAAUAAAUUACAGUUAGGUAAUAAUAUUUAGUCUUUAUUUAAUGAACAUGCAUUUAUAAGCGUUCAUAUGGUACUAUUUUCAUUGUUUUUCCAUACAUAUUUGUGUUUGUGUUACGGUUAUGUUCAAAGCAAUUAAUUCAUAUUAAACAUGAAGCAAGUAACAAGUGUGAUCAGUGUGUUAUAUCUGGUUGUUAAACUGUCACCAUGUUAACACUUACAUCAAUGACGCAUGUCACUACACAGUCGUGUGUCUACCAGACUCCUGCCUGAGAAGUUUAUUGAACAUUUUGUUAGUAUGAAGUUGAUGGUAAAUGAUGAUUUAAAAUGUUUUUACUGCCCUGUAAAAAGCUCCAGCCUGAUAAUGAAAAUUAAGUAGAGUAUAAAGCAGUCAGUUGUUAAUUUUACUGUAUUCAUAAAAUGCAUAUGUAUAUGUAAAGUGUAGUCUCAAAGUCAUGAUGAACGAAUAGAGUUUAUUUAGCAUUGUUCUUAAAUAUAUUUGGUCAAAAGCUACUGAAUAAUUUUCUCUAAAAGCAGAUUCUCAUACUAUAUUACUACACUCUAAGUUCCUAUAGUUCUCUGGUGGUUUUACACUGACCACAGGAAGCUACUGCAGUUCGGUCUGUUCCUUUUUCUAUAAAAAAUAUUCAUUAUCUGCAUAAUAAGCUAAUUAAUAUCAUGAUAAACAUUAAAUUAUAAGAAUAGAGCAUGACUUCAGUACAGGGUAACACUCUUUGAUCACUUAUUUCUAAAGUAAUCACGUAUUUCUAAAACAAUUUUACGAGCUGUUUCCUGUCAGCUCUUUUUAUAUAGUAUCUCUUGACUCCAUGCCAGGGGCUGAAUGUUGGCCAUUAGACGAAGGCACAUAAUGUGAUGUAAUUAAAUCAGCUAUCAGCUGUCUUUGUGGCUAAUUAAGAAUCGCACACAGGCCCUUAUUUGCAUUGUCUUUGCUUUAGAGAUGUUUUAGAGACAUAUUUAUGAACAUAAACUAAAUAAAAUAAAAAGUAUUAUGAAUAUAAUAAAAACAUUUAAUUAAAUAUUUUACACAUUAUAGGAAAAGAUACUAUAAUCUUUGUACUUUGUGAUUAUUUGGGAAUAACCAGAUCAGCCAUAAAAUUACAAUCACCAACAAGUGACAUGAAGAGCUGUGAUCUCAUUACAGUGGCACCUGUCCAGGCUUGGGGUAUGAUAGAUAGCAAGUUAGAAGCUAUUUCUAACUUGCUACAAGAAGGUGUGCUGUGGAAUCUGGCAUCAGGGUAAUAGG